AACGUGUGCGCCUCACAUCUAAGCAAUUUCAGCUGUUCUCGUCUCUUCUGCUCUCUUUCUCUCUCUCUCUCUCUUGCUUCUCUCUCUGUACUUCUCUUCUUCUAUAGCUUUCUUCAAUCUGAUAAUGUAAACUCAAAAAAGCUCAAAUUUUUAUUCGCUUAUAUACUUCACUUGUCAGCUUUAAGUUAUUUUCAUGGCUUCUUUUAGUUCUCUCUCACUUCUCUUUGUGUACAUUUCUCUUUUCUUGAGCUACUCUUAUGCUGAAGAUGCAACUGUAAGUUAUGAUUUUGUGGUCUCUUACAUCACUGCUUCCCCUCUUGGUGUUCCCCAACAGGUUAUUGCUAUUAACGGAAAGUUUCCGGGGCCUGUCAUUAAUGUCACUACAAACAACAACGUUAAAGUGAAUGUUAAAAAUAAAUUAGAUGAAGACCUCCUAAUGACUUGGGAUGGUGUUCAGCAAAGGCGCACUUCUUGGCAAGAUGGAGUGCUCGGUACCAACUGUCCAAUUCCUCCCAAGUGGAAUUGGACUUAUAAUUUUCAAGUAAAAGAUCAGAUUGGAAGUUUCUUUUACUUCCCUUCGCUUAAUUUUCAAAGAGCCUCUGGUGGUUUUGGAGGCAUUAUUAUUAACAAUAGAGAUGUGAUUGCAAUUCCCUUUUCAACCCCAGAUCAGGAUGUUCCAAUCAUGAUCGGUGAUUGGUAUACUAGUAACCACACGGCACUGAGAAGGACCCUUAAUGGUGGGAAAGAUCUUGGUAUGCCAGAUGGUGUUCUUAUUAACGGAAAAGGCCCGUACAGAUAUAAUGAUACACUUGUGCCUGAUGGCAUUGACUUUGAAACAAUUGAUGUUCACCCAGGUAAAACUUAUCGAUUUCGUGUCAGCAAUGUUGGGAUAUCAACUAGUUUAAACUUUAGAAUCCAGAACCAUAACCUGCUAUUAGCUGAAACCGAGGGAUCAUAUACAGUACAACAGAACUACACUAGCUUAGAUAUACAUGUUGGACAAACAUACUCUUUCUUGGUAACAAUGGAUCAGAAUGCAAGUACUGAUUAUUACAUAGUGGCAAGUGCAAGAUUUGUAAAUGAAUCUGUUUGGAGAAGAGUUACUGGUGUUGGCAUUUUGCGUUAUUCAAACUCUAAAGGAAAGGCGUCUGGCCCCCUUCCAGAACCGCCACAAGAUCAGUUUGACAAAACAUUCUCGAUGAACCAAGCAAGGUCCAUCAGGUGGAAUGUGUCUGCCAGUGGUGCUCGCCCAAACCCACAGGGUUCAUUUAAAUAUGGCUCGAUAAAUGUGACUGACGUAUAUGUAUUAAGAAAUAAGCCGCCUGUUACUAUUGAUGGCAAACGGCGUACAACACUUAAUGGGAUAUCAUUUGUCAAUCCUCACACACCAAUCAGACUUGCUGACUGGUACAAAGUGAAGAAUGUAUAUACGGCUGAUUUUCCCAAAGGGCCGAUUACUGGACCUCCUAAGAUGGAAACAAAAAUAAUUAAUGGCACAUUUAGAGGAUUCAUGGAAGUAAUUUUUCAAAACAAUGACACUAAGAUGCAAAGCUACCACAUGGAUGGAUAUGCAUUUUUUGUAGUAGGGAUGGAUUAUGGUGAGUGGACAAAUAACAGUAGGGGAACAUAUAAUAAGUGGGAUGGUAUUGCUCGCUCCACAACACAGGUUUUCCCCGGAGCAUGGACAGCCGUUUUAAUCUCACUUGACAAUGUUGGAAUUUGGAAUAUAAGAGCAGAGAACCUCGACACAUGGUAUCUCGGCCAAGAAACUUAUGUUAAGGUUGUCAAUCCAGAACCUACUAACAAAACAGAAUUGCCUAUUCCUGACAAUGCCCUAUUCUGUGGUGCUCUCAGCAGUCGUCAAAAGCCACAAGACGUUUCUUCUGCAACAUCGGUCAUGACAGAUGUUUUCUUCUCUCUGCUGCUGAUGAUAUGCACAUUUAUAUCCAUUUUCCAGUAAUCAUUUUCCAGCGUUGAUGCAAGUUUUAUGCAGCUUGGGAGCAUUACUUGCUUAAUUUGUACUGCAUGUUAGUGGCAUCUGAGUUGCACCUCCAGGAGGGUUAAUAGCAUAAUAGCAUAUCUUGAUUUAUUAAUUCUUGUUGUUAUAUCUGCUAGAACUCCUGAAAUUUUCGAUUUAUUUGGAUUCUCAACCUUCUACUAUACAAUUUAUUUAUUCUUGUGA